AACGAGAAAAGGGAAGAGUCGUACUGCAUACGAAAAUGUCAAUGCCGUGGUUAUUCGUUGCCCUCCGCAAUCACCGUUGAGCCCAAACAGCUCCACCCAAGGCGGGGGCCGGGGCCGGGGCCGAGGCCGAGGGCGAGGCCGAGUCAGCCCCACCUCCCCCCACCCCCGGUCAGCGCACCGCCCAUGCCCCGGUGGAGGCGGCCCACCUCCCCACCCACGCCCUCCCAGCCGCCCCCCAACUAAUGAGAUCACCGAGGAUCCUCUACUCAUUCUCUCUCCCUCUCUCAUCGGGAGCGGUGCGCCCACUCCGCUGGCUUGCGUGCGGGCCGCACCCUAAGCCGCCCACCCCCGGGCGGUGCCCCGACUCACUACCAAACAAAACCACACCAUCUCAUUAUUGCAUCCCCCUCCUCCCUCUCUUCCCACCGCCGCCGCCUCCUCCUCCUCCUCCCGUUUUCCCCAAACCACCACCGCCACCACCUCCUCUUCCGUGAUGGCCGCCGCGCCCAACUCCUCCCAGAACCAUCCCCCCUCCCCCACCGAACCUGGAUCCCCGUCCCUUUCCCCAUCAUCUGACAGAUCUCCUUCCCCUCCCCCCCGCCCGGCCUCCCUCCCGCCUCCACCUCCCGCCUCGGCACCCUCCGCCUCUCGCCGCCUCGCCGCCCCCAUCUGGAACCACGAGGAGACCCUCGCUCUCAUCGAGGCCUACCGCGGCAAGUGGUACGCCCUCCGCCGCGGCAACCUCCGCGCCCCCCACUGGGAGGAGGUCGCGGAUGACGUCGCCCGACGCUGCCCUUCCGGCCUAUCGCCUCCCAAAACCGCCGUCCAGUGCCGCCAUAAGGUCGAGAAGCUCCGCAAGCGCUACCGCGGCGAGAUGCAGAAAUCCCUCCGCCUUGAUCCGUCCCUCGCCCCCGUCUCCUCCUGGGUCUACUUCCCCAUGAUGGACGCUAUGGAAGUUGGAGGCGGCGGCGGCCCCCGCCGCCCCUUCGCCUUUCCUUCCUUCGCCGCUCCACCGCCCCCUUCUGAUGACGACGACGAGGAGUUAGAAGAAGACAAUAACGACGAUGAUGACUUCGACGGGCGCCGCGGGGCCGGAGGAUGGGGCAGCAGACGCAGCGCUCAGCGCCAGAUGGCUAAUGGUCGGGGAGGGAUCGGCGAACUCACCUUCUCGAUACCGAAGGCGGUGCGAUCUAAGAUCUCUAGGACCGAGGACAGGUCCGCGUCCAACUACAUCAUGAGCCCUAACCCUACAACUCGAUUCUUCAAGGGUUACAGUGGCAGCAGUGGCCAGCCCUCGAUGGGGGAGAUGCGACGCAGUCUCGAGAAGAAACGAAGGAGGGUGGAAACAGAACAGAGCGCAGUCAGCGAUAUGGUCGCGGCAGUGAGGAUGCUGGGUGAUGGGUUUCUGAGGAUGGAACAGAGGAAGAUGGAGAUGGCGAGGGAGAUGGAGAAGGUAAGAAUGGAGAUGGAGAUGCAGCGCACAGAACUCAUCCUCGAUUCACAGCGCCGGAUUCUGGAUGCUUUCCUGAAGGGCUUCUCUGCAAAGAAGCGAGCUAAGGUCUUGCCGGAGGACUGAUAAGGUCUUUACCCUCUUUGCUUUCUGACUUGUUAGAUUAGAUUUCUUGAUGUAGAAGAAUUCGCAUGUUUUUUUUAGCUUAUUGAAUAGUGGUUUGCUAUUUGUUGCUAUAUUAGCUUGUGGUGAUCGAACAAUAUAUAUAAGUUUCUGGCUUCAAUAUCCAAUCUUGGGGGACCAGCAAGGUCCUUAUCUUC